AAAGUAUUUUUCCAUUUAAUAGUUAAUGUCUUUAGCACUUGGUGCUGGUUAUGGCACUGCCAUUUCCGGUAUGAGCAUUUCAUGCAUUGCAGUAUCCCGUCCUGAUAUCGUCAUGAAGACCAUAAUACCAGUUGUAAUGGCAGGAAUAAUUGCAAUAUAUGGUCUUGUCGUCUCUGUACUAAUUGCUCAGAGAAUUGACGACAGUUACACCUUAUUCAUGUCAAUUAAUGAUCUUGGUGCUGGUUUAAGCGUGGGAUUCAGUGGACUGGCUGCUGGCUACGCGAUUGGGAAAGUUGGUGACGCCGGUGUGCGAGCAACCUCCAAGCAACCAAGAAUGUUUGUUGGAAUGGUGCUUAUUUUAAUCUUUGCGGAGGUACUUGGACUCUAUGGACUGAUAGUUGCUCUUAUCAUGUCGACAAAGUGAUCUGACUUAAAUAACUCCUUACACACUAUCAAUUCGCAUAAUAAUUAUUCCUAUAUGUUAUCUUUUCAAGAUUUUGUGAUUGGUACAUUGUCUCUUUGAUAUUGAUAAAUUUAGUUCUUUUACAAAAGUCAAAGAAUUCUUCCAAUGACUAGUCACAUUGCUCUUUAUACUAAUUACCACCAUCUAAGAUUCUUUGGUAAAGGAAUCAACUAGUUCGGCAUUCCGAUGGUUUUAUGUAAUAUCCACUCCCAUUCCUUCCUUAUUUUUAAAUUAUGACCUUGUUUUAGGAAUGUCAUGAGUUAGAAGUCAAAAAAAGAAACAAGUUGCGCGUGACAAAAAAGCUGA